AUGCAGAAUUUCAGGAAUCGUAAAGGAAAGCAUUUAAGUUACAUUAGUACAAUGACCGAAGAUAUCCAUCGUCAAACUAUAAAUCGAUGGUUAAUGAAUAUAAAUAUGAUACUUCGAUGGCUUGUACAAAAUUCAACUGAAGAAGCUAAAUUAACACAAUGGAAUUAUGUUGUAUCAUCAGUUAAUUUAACACGAGAUGAAAUGUUUAGUGUGGCUCUUCUUCAUAUUUUACAUGAUGUUAUAUUACAAAUUUUAACUAAUACUCGACAAUUACGCGGUCAAAUGGAUAUGAUAUUAGUUUCUCUUGCAUCCGAUUAUCGCUAUUUAUUUAUGUAUAUUAUGGAAAAUGGUAAUCAAUCGAAACAAUAA